AUGUCCCCCAUCCCCACCAUCUCGCUCGGCGGCAGUGCCAGCCACAUCAACAUCGGACGCAUCGCCUUUGGCUGCAUGGGCAUGACCUGGUGCGACCCUUCGUUGCGUACCCCCGAUCAGCAAGCCUUCGAAACCAUCAAAGCCGCCGUCGAUUCCGGCAGCAACCUGCUCAACAGCUCCGCUUUCUACGGUCCUCAGUCCGACCCGUAUGCCAACCUCGCACUCCUCCGACGCUUCUAUGAGGCGUAUCCCGAGUACAAGGACAAGACCGUGCUUUCGAUCAAAGGUGGCUGCAACGUCGAGAAGUAUCGCGAAAUUGGUAUGGGUGGUCUGCAACCGGAUGCAUCGGUCGAGGUGCUCGAAGCCGAUCUGAGGGGGAUCAGGGAACAGCUAGGUACGGAUCACGGUGGCAAGGAGAUCGAUGUGUACGAGAUGGCUCGUAGAGAUUCCAAAGUACCGAUGAAGCAGAUCAUGUACAACAUGCUCUCGCUCUCAAGUGAAACAUACACGGAUGCAGAGGGAAAGCAGCAAAAGGGCAAAGGCCUGUUCAAGCACAUCUCGCUCUCCGAAGUUGGGCUGGACAGUAUCAAGGAAGCUACCAGCGUCGCACCGGUUGCAUUCGUCGAGCUGGAGGUCAGUCCUUGGGAGCUGGAAGCCUUCAACCAAGGCAUCGUCGAGUACUGCUCCAGCGCCAAAAUCCCCAUCCUAGCCUACAGCCCGACUGGCAAGGGUAUGUUGACCGGCACAAUCAAGAGCCUUGACGAUCUCCCGGAGAACGACAUCCGCCGCCACAUGGAUAGACUUCAGAGCGAGAACCUCGCAAAGAACCUCGAGUUGGCCAACGAGUUCAAGACGCUCGCAGCGCAGCACAACCCACAGGUGACACCGACUCAGUUGGGUCUGGCGUGGUUGAUCGCAAGCAGCGACGUGCUGGUGCCUCUUCCGGGUACUAGCAAGGCUAGCAGGGCAAAGGAGAACGCGGAGUCGGCCAACAUCGAUUUGGGCCAGGAGACCAAGAAGAAGCUCGACGACAAGGUCAAGCAGUUCAAGGUGGCCGGUGGAAGGUACAACGAGAAUGCCAGGAAGCACAUGGCAUUGUGGGGAUGA